CAGCUCCAGUCCAUAAAAGCUGCUGUCUGAGCUGGAAGCGGCAUCCUCACUGGCCCGUGGGAUCGCACCGAGAGCCCGACGGACCUUCCCUGGCCGCCUGCCUGCCUGCCCACCGCGCCGAGCGCUGCGCAUCAGGCUCCCCGGCCACAGACUUCCUACCUGCGAGCUCCCGCCGCUAGCCCACUAGCGGGCAGUAGUGAGAGGACCAGCCAGCCUGCGAACCAGAGACUCCCCCAGGGAGGUGAGCAUGAUGAUUUUCCUCGGGACGUCUGAGAAGAUGCCGACCAUGAGGCUGUUCACUUGCUUCCUGCACCUCCUGGCCGGGCUGACGCUGCCUGCUGUGUCUUCCCAGCCACUGGAUCUGUCUGCCGGGAACAGCUCGUCAGAGACGAAAGUGAUGCCCUUCCAGGAAGUGUGGAACCGCAGCUACUGUCAGGCAAAGGAGAAGCUGGUGGAUGUCUUGUCGGAGUACCCCGACGAGGCGGAAUACAUAUUCCAGCCGUCCUGCGUCCCUUUGAUGCGCUGCUCGGGCUGCUGUGGAGAUGAAGCCCAGCACUGUGUGCCAGUGGAGACGGCCAACGUCACCAUGCAGGUCCUGAAGAUCAGCCAUGGGCAGACGCCCUCCUUCGUGGAGAUGACAUUCACUCAGCACACAAACUGCACGUGCGAGCCUCGGUCGCAGGUAACGCAGACGACGACGACAACAACAACGAAGCCAGAAGGGAAGAAAUCCAGGAAUGGUGAGAAGAGGAAGAAAGAGAAGCAGAGACCCACAGUGGCCCCUGUGAGCUGAUACUUCUCCCCCCCACGAUGACCAGCCCCUCGGAGGAGAGAGACUCCAUACCUGGCUCCUGUAUUUAUUACCGUCACACACUCAGUUACCUCCUUACUGGCACCUGCCGUCUAUUUAUUAGCCAAUCGUAUCCCUGCUGAAUGACUCUCUCCCUCCAAGAUGAGGGGCAUGGAAGGAUAUGACCCUCAGGAAUUCAGUGCCUUACGCAGAACGUGAGAGAAAGAAGACAGCCACAGCCCGUGUGUGCUUCAGCUUGGGAAGAAGCAAGAUGUGACUUUGCGAGGGCCACGCCGGGCUCCAGAGGCCCGAGGACUCCCCACGGGGCUGGAGAAGGAACAAGAGAAGAGGAAGAACCCACCACCUGCCCCUGGGCUUUGGGCUCUGCAUGGACCAGCCGCCCUUUGGGAGCUCCGGCGAGGAUGCGGGCUGAGGAGCUUGCUCUGGCCAGGCAGGGGUUGAGGGGCCCCGUGGCUUCUUCCUCCUCCUCCUGGCAGCGGCUCUGACCCUGGAGAGCGGAACACUCAGCUCUGGGGAACAGCCGUCGCCCGGGGCCUUGGCCACUUCCUCCUCGCAUCUUGCUACAGCUUGUCCCGGGACAUUGUUCUUUGUGGCCAAGGAAGGCUUCACCAUCCUGCCCCGCUCAGGGACACAGGCCACGAGCGGUCCCAGGCCGGGCAUGGAGCACACUACCUGCCUGGCUGUCUGGCUGUCAAGCCUUUUUCUCUUGAAUAAAGUUAUUCUAGUCUG